UUCUGUUACUACGCUUUGGGACUGUAGCAGGCGCAAAGGUGAUCCUUGAAAACGAAGGAACGCUCUUCCCCGAAUAUUCGAUAUUUGAUUCUACACCAGUCCUGAACAGAAGGGUGGACCAUGAAUUGCUGGACGACAGCACGGAUCUUCAUUAUGUCAGCUCUAAUCUGCUCGACGACUGCUGAAACCAAAGGAGAGGACGAUGUCUGCAAGACCGCUGACUGUAUGAGACUGGGUUUAGAGCUUAGUGGUGCUAUUAACGCAUCAGCAGAUCCAUGUGAUGAUUUCUAUGACUACGUGUGCAAAAAGUGGAAGAAUAAGACCCGAAUUCCGCCUUAUUUGCCUAGCUAUGGACACCUGUGGUUGAUACGGGAUGAAGUGGCCAAGAAGAUUAAUAACAUUUUAAGCAACAUGACCAUAACAGCAUUUCAAGCUGAAUCUCUCAAUGAGACAAUUGCAAUGGCCUAUCAAUCGUGCAUGAAGGAAGAUUCGUCCCAACCAGCGGAAGAAAUAAAACGGCUACAAAAUACCUUGAAGAGAUUCGGCAUCCUUGAAUGGCCGAUGAUGACUGGCUCAAAUAAAACCAUAAACUGGCAAGAAAUAUUUCGAAAAAUCCGAAUUGGAGCAGACAUGUUGUUUAUUUUUAGUGUAAAUCUAAACCCUAACCUUACCAACACGUCAGUGCGAGCCAUUGACAUUGACGUUUCAGAAUUUGUGCCGACUUCGUAUCAAAUUUACGAGGCGCAAAAUAAAACUGACAGCGCUGUGGAAGCCUAUAAAGAUUUCAUCGAGCAAACAGUAAUUUUGUUUUUGGAAGAGAAGGACAUUAAUAUAGCGACAAAGAUUGCUCAAGAUAUAUUUGACUUCGAAGUAAAUUUAACAAAG